CCUGGUUUGGAACCAGUGGGUCUUUGCUUAACACGAGAGUAAGAAAGCAGAACUUCGCUGCUUACUGUCCCCUGAAGCCAUGCGCGCUUCUCAGUUACUCUCGCUGCUGCCAUUGGCCGCCGGCGGCUGGGCCGCUGCAACUGGUAGACCGUCGUCGCUCUUGGGACGCCAGUUGCCUGAAGAUCCUACCGGGGUAAAGUCGAUCCAGACGCCUAACAAUGUCACGAUUCGAUACAAGGAACCGGGCAAAGACGGUGUCUGCGAGACCACGCCGGGCGUUAAAUCGUACUCGGGAUACGUCGAUCUGUCUCCUGAUUCGCAUACUUUCUUUUGGUUCUUUGAAGCUCGCCAUGAUCCGGAAAAUGCGCCCAUCACGCUGUGGUUGAAUGGUGGUCCGGGGAGUGACUCGUUGAUCGGGUUAUUCCAAGAGCUGGGUCCCUGCCAGAUUAAUGAGAAGAUUGAGUCCUAUGUCAAUCCCCACUCGUGGAGCGAAGUCUCCAACAUGCUCUUUUUGUCGCAGCCAGUAGGCGUUGGCUUUUCGUAUAGUGACACAGAGGCUGGAUCCUUGAACCCGUUUACCGGUGUCGUUGAGAACGAGAAGUUCGAUGGAAUCAAGGGCCGCUAUCCGAUUAUCAAUGCCACGAAGAUUUCUACAACCGAUCUCGCGGCCCAUGCCACAUGGGAAGUACUGCAGGGCUUCCUGGGCGGCUUGCCGCAGUUGGACUCCAAGAUCAAGUCCAAGGAGUUCAGUCUGUGGACGGAAAGCUAUGGAGGGCACUAUGGACCAGCAUUCUUCAACCAUUUCCGGGAGCAAAAUGAGAAGAUCGCCAAGGGAACUGUGGACGGCAUCCACCUCGAUUUCAACUCCUUGGGGAUUAUAAACGGCAUUAUCGACGAAGCCAUCCAGGCCCCUCACUAUCCGGAAUUCGCGAACAAGAAUACCUACGGCAUCAAGGCUUUGAACGAUACCGUCUAUAACUACAUGAAGUUCGCGAACGAAAUGCACAAUGGAUGCCAGGAUCAAGUGGCCGCUUGUAAAGCGACGAACAGAACUUCGUUGGCGGACUUUGCUAUUUGCGCGGAGGCUGGCAACAUGUGCAGGGAUAAUGUUGAGAGCCCCUUCUAUCAAUACAGUGGCCGGGGUGUAUACGACAUCCGCCACCCAGCCGACGACCCAACCCCACCCCCCUACUACGAAGACUACCUCAAAAAAGACACCGUCAUGAACGCCAUCGGCGUCAACAUCAACUACACCCAAUCCAGCAGCGAAGUCUUCUACGCCUUCCAACAAACCGGCGACUUCGUCUGGCCCAACUUCAUCGACGACCUCGAAGAGCUCCUCCGCCUCCCCGUCCGCAUCUCCCUCAUCUACGGCGACGCAGACUACAUCUGCAACUGGUUCGGCGGUGAGGCCGUCUCCCUCGCCAUGAACUACACCCACAGCGCCGACUUCCGCAAAGCAGGCUACGCGCCCCUCCUCGUCGACGGCGUCGAGUUCGGCGAGACCCGCGAGUACGGCAACUUCUCCUUCACCCGUGUCUAUCAGGCGGGUCAUGAAGUGCCCUACUACCAGCCUGCGGCUUCGCUGCAGCUGUUUAACCGGACCCUCUUUGGGUGGGAUAUUGCUAAGGGUACGACCCCUAUUUGGGGCGGCUAUAAGACGAACGGGACGGCGAGGGCCACGCACACUGAGUCGUUUGUGCCGCUGCCUCCGGCGACUUCUAGUGCUAGAGUUUGAGCCUUUUCCCCGUUUAUGACGUUUUUAUUAUCAGUCCUGGGAUUGCGAAUGACGCCGUCGGCGCAGUGUCAAUGUAAUGACAUGGCUGGCUAAUGUACAGAUGCGUUGAGGUGUUUAUUGCCCCAGACAAAAAGGCAAAGCAAA